AUGGCGCUUUGGAGUGUGCGUAAGGAGCUACGAGUGAAGGGAGAGAUCAGCAAUAUCUUCGAUCAGCAAGACUCGAGCUCGAGGGAGGAUCAACACAACUCACUCGCUGUCAAUGGAUCAUGGACGUCUCCGGGUUCAUUCCAGGUGGCGCGCUCACUGCUCGUAUCUGACCAUACGGUGCCGUUGAAAGUCUGGGGAAUAAGAAGGGAAACCACUGGUGAUGGGAAGGUGACGUAUGCGACAUGGGCUGCGGACAUGCGGUUUACUCCGACGCUAAUCGUGACACGGCUGACUGCGACGAAGGAGACGUUCCCGGAAUUGCUGGAAAAGAUGAAAGAAGCAGCUUGGAGCGCAGGACUGAAUAAGGUGGAGGUGUGGAACUUACCAAAGGAGCUGGAUGGGCUAGCAGAGGGAGAAGGAGACGGGGACGGGAGGAAGUACAUUGAAACGAACGUCGGGGUGGCCAAUGAUUAA